AGCCCAUUGCCAGAGAUGAGGACCAGAUGAGGAACCAACAAUUACCAUUUAAAACUCCAUAAAAUACAAAAAGGGAAGGGAUAGUACGCACUUUGCUGAAGAGAUGGCAGCUCCUUUGUUGUUAUCAACAAUCAUUUUGGCUCUAGUGGUGGUAGCAUCCUCUACUCAUGGUACCAUGGCCAAUGGGGUAUUCCAGGUGCGCCGCAAAUUCCAUAUCGUGGACGGUGUGUACAAGGGGAGCGACAUAGGUGCAUUACAAACCCAUGAUGAGAACCGCCAUCGUCGCCGUAACCUUAUGGCUGCAGAGCUCCCACUUGGUGGCUUCAACAUCCCAUACGGCACUGGGCUAUACUACACGGAUAUAGGGAUCGGGACACCCGCCGUGAAGUACUAUGUGCAGUUGGACACCGGUAGUAAGGCAUUUUGGGUUAAUGGCAUCUCCUGCAAGCAAUGCCCUCACGAGAGCGACAUAUUGAGAAAGCUGACAUUUUAUGACCCUAGGAGCUCAGUAAGUUCAAAAGAGGUGAAAUGUGACGAUACAAUAUGCACUUCGCGACCACCAUGCAACAUGACCUUACGUUGUCCGUACAUCACGGGGUACGCUGAUGGUGGCUUAACAAUGGGCAUCCUUUUCACUGAUCUUCUGCACUAUCAUCAACUGUAUGGGAAUGGGCAGACUCAGCCAACCAGCACCAGUGUCACAUUUGGGUGUGGUUUACAACAAUCUGGAAGUUUAAACAAUUCAGCAGUAGCGAUUGAUGGAAUUAUUGGUUUUGGCAAUUCUAAUCAGACUGCGCUAUCACAAUUGGCUGCAGCAGGGAAGACAAAGAAAAUAUUUUCUCAUUGCCUUGAUUCCACAAAUGGAGGUGGAAUUUUCGCUAUAGGAGAAGUGGUGGAGCCAAAAGUAAAAACAACACCUAUAGUAAAGAAUAAUGAGGUAUAUCACCUUGUGAACCUCAAGUCGAUCAAUGUUGCUGGCACAACACUUCAGCUUCCUGCCAAUAUUUUUGGAACGACCAAAACAAAGGGUACAUUCAUUGAUAGCGGUUCAACCUUGGUGUACCUUCCAGAGAUUAUAUAUUCAGAACUAAUACUUGCGGUAUUUGCCAAGCAUCCGGAUAUAACCAUGGGUGCUAUGUAUAAUUUUCAAUGUUUUCAUUUUCUUGGAAGUGUUGAUGAUAAAUUUCCAAAGAUAACUUUCCAUUUUGAGAAUGAUCUUACCCUGGACGUGUAUCCAUAUGAUUACCUUCUUGAAUAUGAGGGUAACCAGUAUUGCUUUGGAUUCCAAGAUGCUGGAAUACAUGGAUACAAGGAUAUGAUCAUUUUGGGAGACAUGGUCAUCUCAAAUAAGGUGGUCGUCUAUGACAUGGAAAAGCAAGCCAUUGGCUGGACAGAGCACAACUGUUCCUCUAGCGUUAAAAUUAAGGACGAAAAGACGGGGGCAAUAUACACUGUUCAAGGGGGUUACCAUUCUUCGGGAUGGAGAAUUCAAUGGCAGAUGCCCCUGGUUCUGUUGUUGGUUACAAAGGUGUCAAACUAUCUACUUUUCUAACACAACGUUAACUCUAUUUUCACCCAAUUAUUAUGAUUCCAAUUCCUUUCCUGAUAAGUUCUGUAUUUGAUUUUCAUAAAAGAUAUAAUUCCACUAUAUCUGUCUUGAUAUGAAACAAUAAUGAAUUUUCAUAUGGAAUUCUCCUGCUCUAGUUUUCCUACGGGAUUGAACAUUACUGUGUUUUGUCGAUUGGCUGGAGUCCAUUCGAUGUAUCUCGCCAGGUGUGCAUGCACCAGAGCUUCAUUUCAUUUAUCCAAUGGUUAAAUGUACACAUGCUAUACGCUGAUAAAUACUUUGUAAUUAUGAACAGCAGCUUUGUAUAGGGGGCUAGCACAAAAUCUGUGGUAGUGGAGUCGUGAUACAUGACUCCUUUUGUGCAUCAGAUCGUAGUGCCAACAAGUAUUGGAUCCAACAAUUAUGCUUACUACAAACAUUUAAUGCUUCACGGAUUUAUACAUGCACCAACAAUAAGAUUUCUUAGAGCAUCUCGAGUAGUAGCCCCUACAAUAGAGCCUCUAAAAGUCAAAUGGGGGCUGCCCCCAAUUCUUUAGGACACUAAAUAUGUCAUCAACUCUAGCAGUAGCCCUCAUAUCUUAGCUCCUA